AGCACUAAAAACCCAGUCGGUUGGGCUAUUAAGCGCAAGCACUCGAGCACCCUACAUGAGAUGCUGUGUUCAGGUAAAAUAAUUUUUAUCUCCAAUUAUUUUUUUAAAAAAAUACGUUAAUAUCGCGUGGUCAUUCUUCUAUCAUGUGCAGUGUUUACUUAGUGUUGUGUCAGUGUUGUGUUUAAGUGAGUGCAAUUUUUUAUGAAGAUAAACCAUCAUGCCACAAUCAAUAGUGCCUGCAACAAUCAACAUUAACAACAAAUCCGAAAAAAUAGCAACGAAUUCAUCAACUUUGGAUAGUUUACCCAAACAAUUUGUAACUGCAAUGCGUACAUUAUUUGACAUAAUGGAUGAUAAACAUACGGGCUAUGUAAAUUUCGCUGAUAUUGAGCAUCGAUGGCAAGAUGAUGGUACCAAAGGAUUACCAAAAGGUGUCAUUGAAAGUUUACAAAAAGUCACCCCACCAAAUGGUAUGCUAUCAUUUGAACGAUUUUGUGCUGGUUUAAAAAUUUGCUUAUUACGUAAUCAAGUUGAAAAAACAACACAUCAACAAUCUCCAACUAGUAUCACAUCACCAAAUGGAAAUCUUGGGAUUACUCAUAUAAAUAAACAACGUUCAAUUGAUAGUAUUAUUAAUAACGGUAAUAAUUCAAACCAACCAAUGAUAAUCAAUUCAAAUAGGCCACCAUCAGCGCCUCUAUUGGAUAUUGAUUGUACUACACCAAAGUCAUCUAAUCAUAACAAUAAUAUGUCAAAUCACAAUAACAAUCGUACGAAUAUGUCACAACAAAGAGCUUUAAGUAUGCCACAGUUAUUAUCAGAACGUAACAAAGAAAAUCUCGACAAUAAUAAUUUACCAAUUGAUAAACAGUCACAGCCGCCUCAACAACAGCCAUCUCGUGGAUAUGCCGAAAUUAAACAAACAAAACAACCUCCCCAACUCUAUGGUCCUCCGAAACCGCCACGUGUUGGUUUGGUAGAUAAAUCUGAGAUACGUACAGCACUACAAAAUUGGCAAAUGGGUCUAAUGAUAAACGAACAAGAGGCGAAAGAAAAACAACAACGUAGCAAUGGACCAUCUUCAAGUCGUAUUGGUCGGGGUGCAGGUGACGGUAAACCAGCCACACAAAGUGAAAUGCAAUCGCAACAACAACAACAACCAGUUGUGGUUCAAGCAGGUGGAGUGGUUGUACCAUCGAUUACAAAUGGUGGUGCAACUACCACUGUUGGAUUAUAUCAGAAAAAACCAAAUGUACGUCGCCGUGAGCCGAGACGGCAUACCUUACAAAAUGGUAUCGAUUAUAAUAUGCUGAAACGUAUGAAACAGAUUGAACAGGAGAAGGAUGUAUUAAUGCAAGGAUUAAAUGCAAUUGAGAAAGCUAGAGAUUGGUAUUUGAAACAAGUUGCUAGUGUACAAGAGAAAAUGAAAUAUUUAGGACGAAUGGGAUCACAUAUGGAACAAUGGUCGGAAACACAACAGGAACGUCUGGAAUUACAACGAGCUCGUGUACUGGAAGUGAAUCGUCAUUUGGCAACGCUCACGUGCAGUUGGGAACGAGGCGGUCUUCCGCUACAUAUGAACUUAGCAGUACAUCACGUACCACAUCACAUAGUCACGUCCACUAAUCAACAGCAUCAGGAUAAUAUGCUCAAUAGGCUCAAACAACAGAAUCAUUUACUCACAGAGGAGGUGAGUAAAAAAAGUGAACGUAUAACACUGUUAGAACGAGAGAAAGCCGCUCUAAUACGUGAACUUCUCCAAAUGCGCGCACAACCCCGAAGUAAUACCAACACACAGAUUCAACAAGAAGAAGCAGUAUUCUAAGAAAGCACAAAACAAUAUAUAAAUAUAUAUAUAUAUAUAUUUUGUUACCUUCCUUAAUUU